GCUUCCUCGUCGCGCCGUUGCCACGGAUCUUUCGGUCUCGGUCCCUCUCUCUCUGUUUCGUUUAUGACUCGGAAACGCUGUGCCUCCCUCGUCUCCUCUCCCGUAGAUCCUCUCCACAUGGCUCAGUUGAGGCCGUAGCUUCGGACUCCGUCUUGCAUUUUUAACAACCAUUGCACUGCGCUUCGUCGUCGUCGUUGUCUCUAACUUGUAGUCGUUUCCUCGCCUGCCGCUGACGGGUCAUGGGCACCGUCUCUCGCUCAGACAUUGUUUGUGUUGUCUGAAUUACCUAGCCUCUUUGAAUCAGACGAGUGAGCGCGUUCAAAUCUUCAAGACAUUAAGGGAUUGUUGGGAGGCUAGAUAAAACAGGCGUUCGGGAUAGAUAUGCCUUUAACAUGGGGAGAGUCGACUUCCGAGGUGGUGGUCACUGAGAAUGGAAUUAUAGCAGGAGCGACCGGUGGUCGCUCUGCUAGACCAUCAUACGUGCCUCCUCAUUUGCGAGGCCGUCCUCAGGGUGCUUCCGCAGGAGGUGGAGUGAGCAACAACGUGGAUAUUGCACCAAAAGGUUCGACUGGAGCCAACCCAAACGCUAUUGCAGCUCCUGGGCCUGAAGCGAAUGGUGGAAUUGCAACGAGGACCGGGAAUGGAUCGGCGUGGGGCGCUGGUUCAGGAGUAAACCAUGUGGCGAGCUGGGGAAAUUCGAGUGGUUCAGGUAGGGGUUAUAGACAUGGAGGAAGAGGUCGGCGAGGAGGUUGGGAGAGGGAGGUUAACCCUUUCGCAAAUGAUGGGCCAGUCGCAGAGAAUAUAUUCGAGGCAGAGAACACGGGUAUCAAUUUUGACGCGUACGAGGAUAUACCGGUGGAGACAAGCGGGAACAACGUGCCUCCUCCGGUGAAUACAUUUGCCGAAAUAGAUCUCGGUGCAGCACUGAAUGAAAACAUACGGAGAUGUAAGUACACCAAGCCCACGCCGGUGCAGAGGCAUGCCAUACCAAUAAGUUUGAACGGUCGAGAUCUGAUGGCUUGCGCCCAGACGGGGAGUGGGAAGACCGCGGCAUUCUGUUUCCCUAUUAUCGCGGGGAUAAUGAGGAACACUCCCCCUGGGCGACCUCGUGGCGGAAGAAAGGCACUGCCGUUAGCUCUUAUUCUAUCGCCAACUAGGGAGUUGACAAGCCAGAUCAGCGACGAGGCUAAGAAAUUUGCAUACCAGACUGGUAUUAGAGUAGUGGUCUGUUAUGGUGGUGCCCCUGUUCACAAUCAGCUUAGGGAGUUGGAAAGAGGUGUUGACAUUCUUGUCGCAACCCCAGGACGUCUGAGUGACCUUUUGGAGAGAGCUAGGGUUUCCUUGUCUAUGGUACGAUAUUUGACGUUGGAUGAGGCGGAUCGGAUGUUGGACAUGGGUUUUGAACCUCAGAUUCGCAGAAUAGUAGAGCAGAUGGAUAUGCCACCGGCUGGUGAGCGUCAAACAAUGCUAUUCAGUGCCACCUUUCCAAGAGAAAUUCAGAGAUUGGCAUCGGAUUUCUUGUCGAACUACAUAUUCCUUGCUGUAGGCAGGGUGGGAUCUAGUACGGAACUGAUUGUGCAGCGCGUAGAGUACGUUCAAGAUGCAGACAAGCGCAGUAUGCUUAUGGACCUGAUCCAUGCUCAGAGCGCUUUGGCUCCUCCUGGGCAGACAUCGUUGACGUUGGUAUUUGUCGAGACAAAAAAAGGUGCAGAUGCAUUGGAAGACUGGCUGUGUCGCAUGGGUUUUCCUGCGACAACAAUUCAUGGCGACCGAAGUCAACAGGAGCGAGAACAUGCUUUGAGAUCCUUCCGGACAGGAGUUACGCCUAUUCUUGUUGCGACGGAUGUGGCAGCUAGAGGGUUGGAUAUUCCACAUGUCGCACAUGUUGUGAAUUUUGAUUUACCGAAUGACAUCGAUGACUAUGUACAUCGUAUUGGGCGUACAGGGCGUGCCGGGAAGAGUGGUGUUGCCACGGCCUUUUUCAAUGAGAAGGACCAGUCAUUAGCAAGAUCUUUGACAGAGCUGAUGACAGAGUCUAGCCAAGAGGUCCCAGGAUGGUUAACGAACUUUGCCACUAGAGCUAGUUAUGGAGGUAGGAGCAGGCGGUCUGGAGGAGGUUCGAAGUUCGGAGGACGUGAUUUCCGUAGAGAAGGUGGUCGAGGAGGUGGUGGAGGCCAUCACGGUGGAUACAAUGGUGGUGGUGGUUACGGAGGUAGCAGCGCUUGGGACUAGUGGUAUCAUUAUGGCAAUUCAAGUAGAUGUUGUAGGUGGUAUAGUUUUGGUAGCUUCAGACACGCUCUUAUGAUAGGUAUGUGCAAAGUUUUGCUCAACUUUCUUCUGUGGUUCAUUAGAUAUGAUGAUUACCCAUUUUGAUCAGGGAGGUUGUAGAUUGACUGGUCGGCUCUCACUUGGCCGGCUGUAUAUUAGCGCUCAGUAUUUGUGGCAGAGCUGAAGAGUCAUGGGUAGCCGGGGUCUGCAUUUGUCAUGUGCCUCUUAACAAUUAUCUGCAAAAUGUAGAAGCUACAUAUUCAGAUGUACAUUGGUAUUGAAGCUCAUCUUUAAUUCAGAUGAUGGAAGAGUUUGUAGAAUAAGCUGUUCCCAGCAUCCCGAUUUCUUUGUA